AUGGCUGUAAUAAAUUUUUUCAAGGGUCAUCCGUCUACACAACUACUUCCUUCAAAACUCAUAGCUGACACUUACUCCAAAGUUUUAAUCAAUAACUCAGAUUAUUUGGACUAUGACAACGACCCGAAUAAUCAACAUCCAUUAGCGUACGGUACAGAUUCAGGAAAUUUAGAUAUAAGAAAUACCAUAAGUAAUUGGGUUAAUUCAAAAUAUCGAUCUAAUUAUUUGACACCAGAUUUAAUAAAUUUAACUGCUGGAGCUUCUUACGGUGUUGCUAAUAUCUUAACUUCAACUACUUUACCUUCAAUCACUAAGAAAGCUUUCAUUGUUACUCCAACUUAUUUUUUAAUUAAUAGUUCCUUUUUUGAUGUUGGUCUAGGGGAUGAUCUUAUAGCAAUCAAUGAAACUGCGGGUGAAGAAUAUGAUAUUGACAUACAAAAAUUGGAGGAAGAUUUGCAAAAAUAUGGUGAAGAAGAUCAAGCAAGCAAAAACAUUAUAAAAGACCCAAGAGGUGAGCGAAAGAUCUAUCAAUUUGUUUUAUACAUGGUUCCAACAUUUUCAAAUCCAGGAGGUAUAACUUAUUCAAGGAAAACUAGAGAGAAAUUAAUCCAAUUAGCAAGAAAAUAUGACAUGCUAAUUAUUAGCGAUGACGUUUAUGAAUAUCUAGACUAUUCAAAUGUGGAAACUGUUGUUGAGCCAAUACCUAAAUUGAAUCAAUUAGAUCAAGAGAGUAUUACUAACAAAUAUGGUAAUACCAUCUCAAAUGCAACUUUUUCCAAAAUUAUAGCACCAGGGUUACGAGUUGGUUGGCAAGAAUCCCCCACACCUCAUUUAGUUCAUCAGUUGAGUGUUACAGGAGCUAAUAAAUCUGGUGGGACUCCUUCUCAAUUAUCAACAUUCAUAGUAAAUGAUUUAAUUAAAUCUGGUCAAUUGGAUGAAAUAAUUUUGAGAUUUAAAGGAAUAUAUAAAGAUAGAACAGAAGUUUUAAAAGAAUCAGUAAAAAAAUAUUUACCAGAAGGAACACAAGUAUAUGGUGGUGAUGGUGGGUAUUUUUUAUGGGUCAAAUUACCUGAUUAUGUUGAUAAUCAAAAAGUCAUAAAAGAAGUACAAAAAAAGGGGGUGAUUUUAGCUGGUGGUGAACAUUUUGAGGUACUUGGGGAAUCUAAUAAACAUGAUUGGGGUAAAAGCUGUAGUAGAUUAUGUAUUAGUUUUUUAACAAGCGAAGAAAUUGAGCAAGGAAUUAAACUUUGGGGAGAAACUAUUCAUGAAGUUAGUAAUCGAGAUAAGACAUUUAAUGGGCAUUAA